ACAGAGUGGCAGGCAAAACCGCUAGAUUUUGUGAAUACAGAGUAUCCGAUCAGGACCAGUUCUACCGUCUUCCAAAUUAACUCAGUUACUUUCAGACAAAGUUUAAUUUAAGUUGACACCCGGAGAUAUCUUCAGAACAUCGUGCCAAACGUAUUUCUACAUCUAUGAAUAAACUUAAACGGUGGAGGGCAUCAGAUCUUAUUCAAUUCAGUAUGGAAUUUGAUUAAAACCACUGAAGUUUGGAUAUAGGUGGCUUGGACAGAUAAUGGUAACCAAAUUCUAUUUGUGACAAUCAAAUCCAGUGUUGACGCGUCGAAGUGUGUAUCAAGGAGAUACAAAGUGACGGAAAAUUGGACAAAUACUUAAUCUUCAUCUCGAAUCUUUACAUUUCAAGUAGAGUUUUAGUUAAGGACAACUGAACGGGGUGAGCUUUACUGGUAUUUUCUUAUAGAUGAAAGCCACAUAGGACUAUGCGCGCACGAACUUGACAUGGCAUAAUGGAAAGCUAGAAUAUUGGGAGUGCCACAUACUGGGAAUGCCUUAUUACUAGUAAGUUUCUAGCAUCUUUGAAUUUGAAUUUAAACGGAAAUUGGCAAUUUGUCACACAUUUGUAAAAAAAAAAAAUUGAAAAAAAGCUGUUUUCUUCCUGUCAUCGCCACAGGCACCUUCGUGGUGGAGAAAUGGGAUGACAGGGGGCAGCUGAGGUGAGACUGAUAAGGACAAUGAUUGUGCCCGGCGUUGGCAUCCCGCUCCCGGAGCGUCUGUUGCUGAUGUUGGUCCUGCUGUCUGUCUCUGAGUCGAGGCUCACUCAAGCUUGCCCUGGGCUCAUCACUAGUGGCUGCAGCUGUACCGAUGACCGCUCCAAAGCCCACUCCACUCAGACUGUUCGGAAAAGAGUCCGCUGCGGUAACGAAGAACUUUCUGAAACUCCAGAGUCCGGUCUGCUACCGAACCAGACCGUUACUUUAAUUUUGAGCAACAAUCGCAUCAGGGUUCUGAGAAAUGGAUCCUUUAUUGGACUCUAUGCCCUGGAGAAACUAGACCUCAGGAGCAACCUCAUCAGCACCAUCAUGCCUGGAGCCUUCCAAAGUUUAUCUGCUCUUCGGAAGCUUGACCUGUCCAACAACCGCAUCGGCUGCUUGACUCCCGACAUGUUCCAGGGACUCACCAACCUCACCAAACUGAACCUCUCUGGAAACAUCUUAUCUACCUUGGACUCGGGGGUCUUUCAGGAGCUCCACUCUCUUAAGCAAGUGAACUUCAACUCUGACUUCCUGUCAUGUGACUGUGGGCUGCGCUGGGUGCCAGGUUACUUUCCUACCAGUACAGCGUCGCUGGGGGACGAGACCGUCUGUGCCUAUCCCAAAAGCCUCCAUGGAAAGCCUCUGCGUGGACUGAGGGAAAGUCAGCUGAGCUGUGAUGGGCCUCUGGAGCUGCACACCCUGUCUCUCCUGCCCUCCCAGCGCCAGGUGGUCUUCAAGGGGGACCGAAUGCCCUUCCACUGCACUGCCGCCCUGGUGGACAAAAUCACUGCGAUGCACUGGCGCCACAACGGCCAGCUGGUGACCUCUGAUCCUGAACAGGGCGUCAGUCUGGAGGCCAGCGUGGUGCAUGACUGCACCUUCAUCACCAGUGAGCUCAUCCUGUCCAACGUGCAUGUGGAGGCCAGUGGAGAGUGGGAGUGUGUGGUGGCCACUGGGCGGGGCAACACUUCCCGCAGUGUGGAGAUAGUGGUGCUGGAGAACAGUGCCUCCUUCUGUCCGGAGGAGAGAGUCACUAACAACCGGGGGGAGUUCAAGUGGCAGAAGACCCUGGCAGGUAUCACCUCCUACCAGUUCUGUCUCCAGCUGCGCUACCCCUCCCUGUCCAUGGGGGGUGGUGUGGUGCAGAAGCAGGCAUCACGCUACUGUGACCGCUUAGGGAGCUGGGAGGAGGGAGACUAUGACAACUGUCUCUACACUAACGACAUCACACGGGUCCUACACACCUUCAUCCUGAUGCCCAUCAAUGCCUCUAAUGCGGCCACUCUGGCACGUCAGGUGCGUACCUACACUGUGGAGGCAUCCGGCUUCACUGACACCAUGGACGUGAUGUACGUGGCCCAGAUGAUGGAGAAAUUCAUGGAAUAUAUCCGACCACUGAGAGAGCUGUCAGAGAUGCUGGUGGACAUGGGCAGUAACCUGAUGCAGGUGGAUGAUCAGAUCUUGGCCCAUGCCCAGAGAGAGAAGAGAGCCUGCAGCUCCAUAGUCCACUCUCUGGAGACCCUGGCCUGGCCCCAGCUCCACAGCCAUGCUCAGGACCUCUCCAUGAUCUCCAGGAACAUUGUGAUGGAGGCCCACCUUAUCCGUCCGGCCCACUUCACUGGAAUGAGCUGCACAGCCUACCAACGCAGGGAGACGUUGUUAGGCAACCUGGGCAUGGAGGGGGCAGAGCCCACCCACGAACAGCAGCUCCGCUUCCGCUGCACCACUGGCACCCACAACACCUCCCUAAACAACUUCCCCAUGAAGAAUGCUGUAGCCCUGGCCUCUGUGGUUCUUCCUGCCUCUCUGUUCCCCCCGGACGCCCCGUCAGACUGUAAGCUCCAGUUUGUGGUGUUCCGUACAGGGAGGUUCUUCCCUUUCUCUGGGAACUCCAACGGUCCUGGAGAGCACGUCCGCAGACACAGUAUCAACAGCCCAGUGGUCUACGUAGGCUUGGACGGGUGCAGUCUGUGGAACCACUCGGAGGCUAUCCUGGUGUCCCUGCGUCACUUGACCCCAGGCAGCGAGCCUGUGGCGGCCCACUGGAGCUUACAAGCACUGCUGCAGAAGCAGGGGGGGUGGAGCCAGGAGGGCUGCCAACUAGCCCACACGGACUCUGCCACCUCCACCCUGCGCUGCUCUGUGCUCAGCAACUACGCUGUGUUGCAGGAGGUUCCUGACUUCCCCCACUCCCCACCCAUGUCAGUGAGGGUGCUCCACCCUGUGGUUUACACCUGUACUGCAAUCCUCCUCCUCUGCCUCUUCACCAUCAUCAUCACACACAUACUACACCACAGUUCUAUAAAUAUAUCCAGAAAGAGCUGGCACACCUUACUCAAUACCUGCUUCCACAUCGCUAUGACCACAGCUGUGUACACAGGAGGCAUCACCCUGACCAGCUACCCAAUGGUGUGCCAGGCAGUGGGCAUCGCUCUACACUACUCCUCCUUGUCUACUCUGCUGUGGAUCGGUGUCAGCGCCAGAGUCCUCUACAAAGAGUCUGUCUGGAGGAUACCACGACAACCAGAGGGAGAGUCUACUGUUCCCGCUACUCAGCGGCCUAUGCUCAGGUUCUAUCUAAUAGCUGGUGGUGUUCCUCUCAUCGUAUGUGGCAUCACAGCAGCUGUCAACGUCAACAACUAUGGGGACAACAACCCUUACUGCUGGUUGGUGUGGCGGCCCAGUUUGGGGGCCUUCUUUGUCCCCGCAGGCUUGGCGGUAUUGGUGACCUGGAUCUAUUUCCUGUGCACUGUGUUUCGCCUGAGGCACCGGGUGUCCAAAGAGUGCCCAAGAUUCUCCCUGUCCUCCCCUGUGCCUGAGAGCCAGCCAGCCCUGGGUGGCAGCACCAGCCUCCUGUCCACAGACUCUGUGGUGGGGACCAUACAUGCUGCGUUGACCCCAGAGGACCAGUACACCCUGAAGGUGCAGUUCCUGGUGCUGGUGGCCACCCACUUCCUGUUCCUGGCCCUGUGGAGCUGUGGAGCCAUGGCCAUGUGGCUGACAGGGCGCAGCAGCCUAUUGUUCAGCUGUCUCUAUGGAGUAGCUGCCACCGUGUUGGGGGUGUUCCUGGUGGUCCACCACUGCUUCCGACGCCUGGACGUGCAGGCCUCCUGGCUAAGGUGUUGUCCAGGAAAUCGGCUCUCCCAGCCCAUACCAGUCUACACGCACACCUGCACCACUGUGAGUGGGGUGCAGACCACCUCUGAACAGGGAUCCCAGAUCUUCAUUGGCUGCCAUCCUCCAGGGGAUCCCCACAACACCUCAUCAGCCAGGUCCUCCUCCACCCCCAGUGGGAUCAGCAGUGUGGGCCCUGGGCCCUGCAAACUUACCAACCUGCUGCAGGUGGCACAAGAAAAUACCAACAAUGCCACUCGUGCCCCAGCAGGCAUCAACACCAGCACCAGUACAGACAAUAACAACAAGCAAGCUAACAACCUGCUGCCCACACUAGGCUCUGUAGCCCCUGUCCAGCCUCAGAGGAGGAAGGUCAGUGGCAGAACUAAACAAGGGAGCAGUCAGUAUCACCACCGAGGUGAAGGCAGAGGUCACUACCGUCUCAAAGCCAUGAGGACUGGUGGGGGAGGGGGCAGUAUGGGAGCACUGGGACCUACAGGUAUAGAGCAGCACAACACUGCCCAUCCAGCCCACAAACAGGCCACUAGUGAGAAUGGCAGUCUCCAUCACAGCCACUCUGAAAGCCCAGCCAGCCCGCUAACCAACGGUAACGGUAGAAGAGUGGGGGGGACAGUGACCACCAGCCCCUCAGAGGGUAGCGACGGGGGCAGCAGCGGCAGCCGUAAGCCCUUCCCACUACUCCCCUCUGUGGCCAGCAGGGUGGCCAUGCAAGGUAAUAGGUGCAGCGCCAGCCGAGACAAUCUGAAACUGGCAGUGGCUGCAGAGCGGGAAGCUAAGCGCUGCUCCUACCCUCUGAACAGUAUCACUACCACUGUGCCAGGGGCUGCCCCUAACGGCAUCAUCAAGAGCUCUGUGAUAGAGCUGGAAUUGGACACAAGUUGUACAGACCAUUCCCAGAGCUCUGUGGGCAUGAAAAGUAUGUGGAAGAGUGAAACUACAGUGUGACACUCACUCUCUCCCAGCAAAUGUCCACAGUGGACCCUGGCAAUAUUUGAUAUGACUGCUGUUGUUGUAGUGUCCUACACCUAUAGAGACAAAUCCUGAUCUGAGAUCCAUGUGUGUAACUCCCCAGCUAACAUAUAACGUUCUGAGAACCAUAUGUUUCUUAUAGAGCUUGGUGAGAGCAUGGUUGUCCUAUGGUUAUUUUGUAUAAAACCUUCCCACAACUUUCUGCAAAUGGU